GAAUAGCUUGUAGAGAACAUUCAGCAUUCAGUAAGUCCAAUGAGAACAGAGUUAUGUUUUCCCAGUAAAUGUCAACAGUUGGAUAAUACUUGAAGCCCGGUUGUUGUGACGUUGCAUAAGUACACGUUGGUUUAUUUUAAAGGCGAAGGUAGGAGCCUCCUCCCCAUCCUGUGCGCUUCCGGAUGGGGACGUGGCUGCGCCGCUGCCAUAUUGGAGUUGCAGGCUGGAGACGGAGGCACGAUCGGCACAACACCGGGAAAAUAGACAAAUAUAAAACAAUCGGGGCAGUUUAAGAGCCUGAUACAUCACAGAGAGCGAACAUGGUGCUGCUGGCAGCGGCGGUGUGCACGAAGGCAGGGAAGGCCAUCGUGUCGCGGCAGUUUGUGGAGAUGACCCGGACGCGCAUCGAGGGACUGCUGGCUGCGUUCCCCAAGCUGAUGAACACGGGCAAGCAGCACACCUUCGUGGAGACGGAAAGCGUGCGCUACGUCUACCAGCCCCUCGAGAAGCUCUACAUGGUGCUGAUCACCACCAAAAACAGCAACAUCCUGGAGGACCUGGAGACCCUGCGGCUCUUCUCCAGAGUGAUUCCUGAGUACUGUCGUGUGCUGGAGGAGGGAGAGAUUUCGGAGCACUGCUUCGACCUCAUCUUCGCUUUCGAUGAGAUUGUGGCUCUGGGAUACAGGGAAAACGUCAACUUGGCCCAGAUCCGCACCUUCACUGAGAUGGACUCCCAUGAGGAGAAAGUGUUCCGUGCCGUCAGAGAGACCCAGGAGCGCGAGGCCAAGGCGGAGAUGCGGCGCAAGGCCAAGGAGCUGCAGCAGGCACGGCGCGAUGCGGAACGAUCCGGAAAGAAAGCGCCGGGCUUCGGCGGCUUCGGCAGCUCCGGCAUGAGCGGCGGUGGCUCCGCCCCCAUCAUCACCGACACGCUCAUCGAACCAGAGAAGCCCAAAGCCACACCCACUCCCACCAGACCCAGCGGUCCCAGUAAGGCCCUGAAGCUGGGUGCUAAGGGGAAGGAGGUGGAUAACUUUGUGGACAAGCUGAAAUCAGAAGGCGAGAACAUCAUCGUGCCCAGUGCGGGGAAGAGGCCCUCUGAGGCGUCCAAAGUCCUGCCUGCACCUGUGAACGUAGAGAGUGUGCACAUGAGGGUCGAGGAGAAGAUCUCCCUGACCUGUGGGCGUGACGGGGGUCUGCAGAACAUGGAGGUGCUGGGCAUGAUCACCCUGAGAGUGACCGAUGAGAAGAAUGGGCGUAUCCGUCUCCAUGUCAACAACAACGACAAGAAGGGGGUUCAGCUGCAGACCCACCCCAAUGUGGACAAGAAGCUGUUCAGCACAGAGUCCCUGAUCGGGUUGAAAAACCCGGAGAAGUCCUUCCCCCUCAACAACGACGUGGGAGUGCUGAAGUGGAGGCUGCAGAGCACAGAUGAGUCCCUCAUCCCCCUCACCAUAAACUGCUGGCCUUCAGAGAGCAGCACAGGCUGUGAUGUCAACAUCGAGUACGAGCUGCAGGAGGAGGGUCUGGAGCUGAAUGAUGUGGUGAUCUCCAUCCCCAUCCCGUCUGGUGUGGGUGCCCCGGUGAUCGGUGAUCUGGAUGGCGAGUAUCGUGUUGACAGUCGGCGGAACAUUCUGGAAUGGUGCCUGCCUGUCGUGGACGUCAAGAACAAGACGGGCAGCCUGGAGUUCAGCGUGGCGGGACAGCCCAACGACUUCUUCCCCGUACACGUGUCCUUCGUCUCCAAACGCAGCUACUGCGACAUCCAGGUGACCAAAGUGUCUCAGGUAGACGGAGACAGCCCUGUGAGGUUCUCCUCGGAGACGGCGUUUGUGGUGGACAAGUACGAGAUCCUGUAAAGGCCAGACCGCGGAGCAAGCACAGAACACCUGCCCACCUGGAUAACGGCUCAGAUACAGUACAUCAUGGGGGCGAAGCCCUUCCAGAGGGCUUCUCCACCAUGGAGUGCAGUAUUGGUGUAUUUAUACCUUUAUAUGAGAAUAUAAAUGCAUAUAUAUUUGUGUAUAUAUAUAUAUGGCAGUAAAGUCAAACUGAAAGCAGAAAUGUUGCUGCAUCAGCAAAGGAGUCAUGAAGAGAAAUCGGAGGUAACUGGAGGGGGGGAGGCACCCUGCCUUGCCACAGGGGUGCCGCCCCCCCCGAAAUGCGUCCAAAAUGCGCCUCACGGAGAGAAGACUCCCCAUAUUCUGAGAUGAUCAGUCGCCUUUUUUAAUUUCAGUCUAUUAUAAUCCCUGCACCGUAUGCGCACACACUUUCUCACACACACACACUUUCUCACACACACACACACACACUUUCUCACACACACAUGC